AAAAUUUGCUACGCAGGGAUGAAUGCGCUACGCCGAGAGAGAUGCUGGCAUUCCGGAGCGGAAUCAGUGCCGCAGCAAUUGUGGGUGAGGGAACAACAACGUCUACGGCCCGGCAUUGUCUUUGUAAGGCCGCAACUCCAUCUAGUCAGCAACCCACCAGAGUAAUCCUUUCCGGAUUGAUCUUUACGAAGAGCCAAAAACCGGAUUAUCAGCUUUAAAGCCAGAUUUUAAGGAUCUGGCGAGGAUUUUGUGUCCAAUUAGUAAGUGUUUGCCGUGGUUUAUGGCCCAUUGAGUGGUGCGAAAAGUGUCAGUCGUGGGUGGAUGGGACGGGAGGCUGGGGACUGGAUGCUGGCCAUGCGCAGAGAAUGCCCUGACCUACAUUCUCGCUUAUUGGCUAUCCAAUGGGGCAGCCUGGGCCAGGAGCAGCAGUUGCAAAAUAAUAUAAAUUCACACGCAACACGAGCUAGUUAAUAAAAGCAUCUCGUCCUUUUUCCCCCAUUUUCUCGUGUCUGAAACAAAAAAUAAAGAACAGAACCGAUUACAGAAAAAGAAAAACAAAUUAGAGACAAACAACUGGUUGGAAAUGUGAUUGGUAGCGAAAAACAGAGCUUACAAUAUGUCCAGUAAGUGCCCAGUGCCCAAUCGAUAAGAAGCAAAUCGUAGUCGCAGCUAUAUCCGGAUGAUUCGGAAUGCAGUGGGACGCUGAUGCAGUUGGAUCGAUAUAGAACAGAUUACAGGCGCGUUUAUAUGUGCAUAUCCUGCGUGAUGAGAUCGAGACUAUUUUGGAUACUGGCAAUUAUAUACUCCUCACUCCAUCACAUUGGCUCGGGCUCCACGUCGACAACAUUGAAACGACCGCGAGCUGGCGAUCCAUUCGACACAUUCCCCAAGAACUUCUGGCAGGAGUUCUCCUCACCGUUCACCGACACGCCCGAGGAUGAGGAACUGGAGGUCACCGAAACGACCACCCACGAGCCGUUUCCUUUCUUCGCCGAUCCGUACACCACGCUAAACAUCAGCACCCAGCUGUCCUCGAACGUGUACCUCCACUGUCGAGUGAACGAUCUGCAGGGCAAGACCGUCUCCUGGAUGCGGAGGCGCGGCGAGGACCUCACCCUGAUCACCUUUGGCCAGCACACGUACAGCGGUGAUUCGCGCUACUCUCUGGAGUUCGAGGAGCCCAAUGACUGGAAGCUACUGAUCCAGUUCGCCAAUGAGCGGGACGAGGGACCCUACGAGUGCCAGGUGUCCUCACACCCGCCGCUUGUCCUGCUCGUCUACCUGACGAUAAUUGUUCCUCACGUGGAAAUCCUCGACGAGCGGGGCUCGGCCACGCCGGAAAAGUACUACAAGGCUGGCAGCACCAUCGAGCUGCAGUGCGUCAUAUCGAAGAUUCCGCACCCCUCUUCCUACAUCACCUGGCGCCACGGGCCGCGCCUGCUUAACUACGACACCAGCCGCGGGGGAAUCAGCGUAAAGACGGACAUGUUGCCUGGACGAGCACUGAGUCGGUUGUACAUCGCCAACGCCAAUCGCCAGGACACUGGGAACUACACCUGCAUGCUGGGCAAUGAGAUUACCGAGACGGUGAUGGUCCACGUUCUGAAUGGUGAGGAACCGGCGGCGAUGCAGCACGCGAACGGGAGCCGCAUCAAGGCCAGCAUCCCCAUACCCACGAUGGUUGUGUUUUUAGUAGGUUAUGUGGUCAGGCUCGUUUCUGGACUAACCGGAAGCGGGAUGGCCGGGUCGUGGGGGUUGCGAUGACGAUAGAGUGGAAUCGCGGCUCGCGGAAAAUGCAAAUACACCAAAGUAUCUUGUCCAGGAUUGCAUUUUCGACUUUUACUCUAAUCAUGGGUUGUUUAACAUACGAUACAUAGCAUAAACUGAAUAUUUAAGCUUAAGUCAAGUAUAUUUAAAAAACAAAAAAACCAGAGAAAUCGAAAGAUCUAACACACAAAGCCAAACCAAAAAAAAACAAGAUGUUCUAUCUCGAAACCGAAUGUGUGGAAGAAACCACUCGUAUCCAUUAUUAUAUAGAUGAGAUAAAAAUUGAUUUUGCAGUUUUUAAAGCUAGAAAUCGAAAUGAACAAGACAUUAUUAUUAUUAUAAUUAUUAAUUAUGUAAUAUCAUAAUCGAAACGAAAUUUGUAUUGCAAUGGCCGUGUUUAUGUUGGCUGCAUAUUGAUCUUGUAGAGACCGCGUCUAAACUGUGUCCGUUUAGCUCUUUGUUGGCCCUCCCCGCCCCCACCCCCUAGUUAAUAAUUUGUCGCUUAAAAAUGCCACAUUCCCCGAUAUUAUACACUACGAAAGAUAUAUGUAUAUUUAUACACUUCCGAACCAAGGCCUUGUUAAACGAAAAAACAAAAAUGGUUGUAGCUUCUUGAAAUCAAACAGCAUAUCAGUUGGGAUCAUUCUAAUUGUAAUCGAUCGACAUCGGUCGCAGUUUGUAGCUUCAUUAAAUCUGGUUUCUAUAUGUUGUUAUUACCCGAAUUUGUUUAAUUUUUGUAAUGAUUGUAGCCAAGACAGAAAGACAGAAACCUAUUUGUAUGUUAGUAGAGGAAUAUUGAACAAAAAAAAAAAAAACAAAAACGAAAUGGAAACCCAUGGAACCAUAGAAAAUGUUUAACGUUAACAUAAACUGUGCCAUUUAAAAUGGAUACAUAUCGUUUAAUUGUUGUUGAAUUCGGUUGCGGAACCAAAAAGACCAUUCGAAGGGCCUCAGAAAAAUGAUAACAUUUACACUCUAUAUUUGUUAUGGUCUCCUUUUUUGGAAUCGACACAGCACCUACCACUCGGACCAAGGGUAAUACGAAACGACUUGAUUUAUGAACAAGGUCCCAAGCCAAGAGCACUAACGAGUAAUUCUAUUAAAUAAAUAUAUACAAAAAAAAAAUCGAUUUAAAAAAAAAACCAAGUAGCCAGAAGCAGAAUAAUUUCCCAUUUCUUCUCGAUAUUGGCGCGAGGUGAGGAAACUAUGAUUUUUGUCUAUGCCUACAGUUUGCUUAUCGCAGGCUUUUAAAUCCUAGCUUAAUCCUUGAAUGAAUCAUUACAUUUUUCAGUCAUGUUGCUUUAAGAUCGGUUCCAAAUCCAUCACACAC